AAUAUAUAUUUACAAAUAUAAAUAUUCAGAGACGUGAAAAUAAAGUGUAACUAAUUAUGUAAACCGCAUUAAUACGAGUCAUAGUGCUGAGUUGUUGACAAAGGACCUAGGUCGUUAAUUGUUGAUGGUCCUAAGGAAUUUAUACACUUACCAAAUAAUCUGCAGUAUUAAUUACAAAGGGGUAGGUAGAAGAGACAUAGAGUUGCAUAUAUAAAAACAAACUAGUUUACCAUUGAACUCCAUCCCACAAAACAAAACGAAAAAAAAAAAAAAAAAAAAACAAAAAAAAAAAAAAAAUGGGGGAAAUUGAAACAAGGAAGUUAAACUUAAAAGUGUUGAUGUAUCCAUGGUUUGCCAUGGGACAUGCAACACCAUUUGUUCACCUUGCUAAUAUACUUGCCGAGAAAGGUCAUAGUGUCACUCUUUUGCUCCCAAACAAGGCUAAGCUUUUGUUACAAUCUUCAAAUCUUUAUCCAUCUCUUGUUACCAUCCAAACCAUCACUGUUCCCCACGUCGACCCACUACCUCCGGGCACUCAAACACUCUCGGAUAUACCUUUAAAUCUUCAAACCCACCUUGCCACGGCCCUAGACCGUUUUCGUCCCGAGUUUGAGUCCAUCCUUGAUAAAAUCAAACCUAACCUUGUUGUCUAUGACUUUGCCUACUGGGUCCCAGAGGCGGUUGCAGCCUCUGGGAUCAAGGCAAAGUGUCUAACUUAUUGUGUAACAUAUGCCUCGAUCCUGUCCUUGGAUAUGGUCCCGUCUCGGGACCCACCAAAGGACAAGACUGUGGUCGAGGAGAAUGCAUGUGUUGCAUGUAAUACUCCCCCUGGCAACCCUACAACCACUGUCACGCCUUCAGUACCAAAGAAGCACCGCAGCUUCUUGGACGAACCCCGCGGUGAGGGGGUUACUUUCUACCAAAGGGUCACCACUGCACUCAAGUGUAGUGAUGCUAUUGCUAUUAAAACCUGCCGUGAGAUUGAAGGUAAGUAUUGUGACAAGUUAUCCAACCUUUACAACAACAAACCCGUCCUUACAGUCCUAGAUCUCCCCGAGCCUAAAGAGGAAAAUCUAGACACUCGUUGGGCCGAGUGGCUAGGCCGAUUUGCACCAGACUCGGUAGUAUUUUGUGCCUUUGGGAGUCAAAUCAUGCUUAACUUGGCCCAAUUCCAAGAGAUCCUCCUAGGGUUUGAAAUGAUAAAACUACCCUUCUUAGUCGCGUUUAAGCCCCCCAUAGGUUAUGCAACCGUGGAGGAGGCAUUACCUGAGGGGUUCGCCGAGAGGGUGGGUGAUCGAGGGGUGGUGACGGGGGAGUGGGUGCAACAAACACAAAUACUAGCACACCCCUCGGUAGGAUGCUUUGUAAACCAUUGUGGAUCAGGGAGUAUAUGGGAGUCAAUGCUGAGUAAAAGUCAAAUUGUGUUAGUCCCACAAUUGGCAGAUCAAAAAUUAUUUAGUAAAAUAUUGGUUGAAGAAGUCAAAGUGGCAGUCCAAGUAGAAAGAGGUGAAGAUGGAUCAUGGGUCUCAAAAGAAAGUUUGUGUAAAGCUGUUGAAUUAGUGAUGAAUGAAGAAAGUGAAAUUGGUAUUUUGGUUAAGAAAAAUCAUGAAAUUUGGAGGAAGAAACUACUAGAUCCCGGUUAUAUGCGUGGUAACAUUAAUAGUUUCAUCAAUGAUUUGGAAUCCCUUGUCUUCGGUUGAUGAUUUAUUGGUCCUUUUUAUCGCUCUAUUUAUAAAGGUUAGGAUUAAAAAAAAAAAAUUUGUUGGUCCUUUUUAUCGCUCUAUCCAUUGUGUGCCUCUAGUUUACUCUAUUGUAAUGGUUUUAAAUUAAUUAAUGGAAAAAUAAUAUGAGUACGGUGUUUUUUUAUUUA